AUGUCAAGGUUUGAAACCCCCUAUAUCUUGAGAACUCUGUCUCAUAUUUUCGACAAACCAGAUGAAUCCAGACUCGCCCACACCGCUAGCGCCCCAUUGACAGGAUCUGUUCUCCUCCGCGUUUAUUUCAAGUUGGGGCAAUUGCCACGUCAUCCUGACCUUGUCGUGCGAUACCAUGAAAUCAUCGACAUUGGCGUUGGUGAGGUGAGCCUCUCCGCAUCAAUCAGCAAGGUCCAAGGCGACCUAGCACGUACCCUCCUAUGGAGCAAACGGGCGGCAGACGAGGUUGUUACGAGAUUUGAGGAGACAGAGGACAUGAACCUCUUAUUCGUUCAAGUGAUCGGCCAGACGUGCAACCUUUAUCUCAUGUGUCGUGUCGGCACAGUCUGCGUGGCCACCAAGAUCGGCACUAUUCAAAUACUCUACACGCUUUCCGAUACAUUGUCGUUCGAGGACCAGGUCCAAACAUGGCUGACACUCGAUAAACCCUUCAACAGCACAGUCUCCGUCCUGAACGAUGCCACAUACCGGCGACAAGAAGCCAUCGCGCAGCACCUCAACUCCCAAAACCUCAACUACCGCUUCACAGUCGAGCAGAGUGAUUCCGAGUUCUUUGCAGAGGUGACCUGGGACCAUGGCCCCGCUACUCCACCUCCCAUGAAAGCAGCCGUGCUUUCAUACAAAUUACAACCUCAUCCUCGAUCUCCCGUUAAAGCUCGACAAGAUGGUGGUGUACGAUUCUACCCCUCGACCAAGAAGCAAGCACCCACAAACGCGAAGGACCAGCAGAAGCAGCUCCAGAGAGUUCAGGACAUUCCGAAAGGAUCGCAAGCCAAGUGCGAAAACAGAGGCGCUCCAGAGAGCGUUCAAUUCAAUCAUUCGACCAAAAAGACGGUGUCGGUUACUAUGGACCAGUACAAGGUUCCACAAGUUCCGAGAGGAUCGCCCAAGAAGAAUGAUGAAAGGAUGUUCCUGAGAUGA